GGUCGUGACCAUCAUCAUGUCUUUACGGGUAUCUUUCUUUGUGUGUGCUGUGUUGGCAUUGUUCGCGUUGUCAGCGGCAAAGCCUGAUGAUGGAGAGACUGUGACUGUACCUGCUCCUGGACUUACAUACGGAGGCAUCCCAUACGGUAGCGUGAGCGGCAACGUCGCGGAGUUCUUCAGCAGACAAGCGCCAUCUGGCGGCCGCUCCGUGUACCUCAACGGUCCUCGCGGUAACAGCGUCGACUACGCGCCUAUUGAGCAGUUUCUACGAUAGAUGGCGCUGUUUAUAGUUUUAGAUUUAGUGCCAAAAUAUUGGAAGUUUUUUUGUAAGGAUGUAGUGCAUAUCCUAGGGUUUUUAUAGUCGAAAUUAACAUUUAAAAUGUUAGAUUACAUAAUGGGCGUAUUGUAAUAAUAUGCCCAUUUUGUAAUAAGAUUAAGAAAUAAGAUGCCAUAUAUCUUAAAUUGAUACCUCGUAAGUAAAGAGAUGUGAAGAUUAAAUUGAAUGCAUGUAAGCAGUGUACUUAGUUAAUAAGUAAAUGCCAUUAAUUUAUUUUUCUAA